AAAUCUAGUAAAGGGGGGAUCGGUUUUCGUUUUCGUAUAAAAGCUUUGUCUUGACUGUCGAUCGAUAUCAAACGCAUUUAUCUCUUUCAGUUAUUCAAAUAACUCCCUAACAACAAAACACUCAAAAUGUUCGCUAAAGUGAUCAUCGUUGCUUGCUUGGCCGUUGCUGCCGUCAACGCUGAAGCCAAGGCCGAGCCCGGAGUUCUGGCUGCCGCCCCAUUGGCCUACUCUGCCGGAUAUGCUGCUGCUCCGUUGGCCUACGCCGGAUAUACCGGAUUGCCGGUGGCAGCUGCCGCCGCAUACACUGCCUACAGUGCCCCAUUGGUUGCCAGACCAGCUGCCUAUGCUGCGGCUCCUCUCGCUGCUGCUGCCUAUACUGCUGCGCCAUACGUUGCCGCUGCCCCGGCCUAUCCUUACCUCAGAGCUGCCGCUGCCUACCCUGCACUGAUUUAAAUGAUGUCAGGAGUACCAAAGGAUUUGAUUGAAUAAACUUCUAGCAUUGCUGAAAAUCAAAA